CUUUUAUUUCCCGCUGACAUUCAGAGAAGCGAGUCACAGGCGUGAGGAAGGAUGUGUCUGGAGUGAUGUUCGCAGGCUGUUAUGCUGAUGUAUUCAGUACGGACACGCUGAUGGAGUCUUUGGAGCGACGGCUACAGAGGCCUUUGUUGGCCAAAUCCAGGACAUUACCCAGCAUCCCUCAGUCCCCCGCCGCCAUCCGCGUGCAGCAGUCGGAGAAAGUUUGUGAACGUCAACAGCGCCCACAUGUUCCUUCCAGCCCUGGUGGUCUUGAAGCAUGUACGCUGCCUCCUGCAGGCGAGAUGUGGCGGCUGGAAGAUGAAAACGAGGCCGAAGUCGCUCCGGGUGCCGUCGACCCGCGGCCGCGCUCUCAGUCGCCGUUCUCACAUUUCCGGCGGCGGGCGGCAUAUCUGAGGAAAAGCAUCUCGGCUGACGAUCACCUGGGAGAGUCGGAGUUCGAACCCGCCCAGCCGGAGAGGAGGAGCUUCGCCGAUCCAAAAGUCAAACUGAAGAGGAAGUUUAGUCUGGGCUCCAUCGACAGGAAGGGAACACAGCAGAGAAGGACUGAGUCUGGGAUUGUGAAGUUCACCCAGAGACUCUCUUUGAAGGACAAACACUGCAAGGAGGACAGGAGUCAGUCGUCCAGACCUCCGGCCUACAGGAGGCGCUCUCUCAGUGUGGACUGGUAA